AUGAAAGAGAGAGCUAGGGACAACCAGGUCCUGCCCUCGCAGUCUUCCACCUCUGCGGCUGCACAGGUUUCUGCUGACUUCCAGUCCAUGCAAUCUCUAGGUCCGCUUGAGAUCCCUGGACCUAGGGAUGAAACAGUCAAGGAGUAUGGUGAAUUGCAAGUGUCAAAUGUCACUGAUGACACUCUCAAGGCUGCAUUUCGAGAGAUCUGUGACAUGAUGAUCGAUAAUGGUCUUGAUCUUGAGCAGGUCUACAAGGAUCAAGACCCGGCAUUCUUUAUCGGAAAGAGCAUUAAGAUAGGUAUUGCUCGACGGUUCGUAGAAGACAUUCGGCGCUGGGUUGAGAACAUGAAGAAAGCAAUCCCCAUUUAUGAGAUAAUUUAG